AUGGAACUACUUAUGAAGUUGUUUGAGAAGAUGAUUGAUGUUAAGUCACCCUUUCACCUCACCCUUCUAAAUGUCUGCUUUUCAAACCUCAAAUCAGCUCAGUCUUCAAACUCAUCUCGAAACUCAAUUGGAUUUUACCUAACUCAAAAGAAAGCACCAUCAACGGAGGCCAGUCAAAUCAUCAUGGACCCAGGAGCAAAGGCAGAGGAGGAUCCCAAAGAUACAGAUCCUUCAAAAUUCUGUUCAGUGGAAACAGAUCACUCUGCUUCGCUGUCUCUCCCUGACCACAUAGAUAUGGAUGUGUUCAGUCAGCUCCCUGAGGACAUUAAGAAGGAGAUCCUCCUUAGCCCACAGACUGGGACAGUGCACAAAAUUCGCAAGACCACAAGACCACCAUGUUCUAAAGGAAUACAGGCUUUCUUCAUGAAAGCCAGUUCUAAGCAUCCACAGAGUUCUUGUACAGCUGGAAGUUCUUCUUUACCUGAAAUCCCAGUGUGGGGUCUACAUAACCCAAUGGACUCCGGUGACCCACCACUUUCCAUAAAGCACAGCUCAUGUACAGACAAUGAUAGUGGAAACAGUGGUGAUAAUACUGCUUGUGCCAGUUCCUCCUCUUGCAUUUCAUGCAGCAACCAAAUUAGUCAGCCCUGUGAAGCAGACGUCGACUGUGCGGAAUCCAGUGACAGCAACAGAGUUUCCUUUUUUCCUAGAAGUGUGGAUAUGAAUGUGUUUUCUCAGCUUCCAAAUGAACUACAAAAAGAACUAAUGGCUGACUGGAAGCACAAAGAUCUCACUCCCAAAAUUCCUUCCAUAAAAUUGCAGGAGAAAGCGAAGAUUGCCAAAAGUCAAAGGCCAAAAUCUUCAGCAAAGCUUAACAACCUGCUAAAGUAUUUUAAACCAGGUUGA